UGUCAUGGGAAGCUUGGGUUCUUCCAGUUCUUUUUGCAGUUUGUCGAGAUCUUGAGAUUUUAGCAUGCAAGGUAGUUUGCAGUAUAAAGUAUGAUUAGUGGAUUGUUUCACUGGUUUUAUUAGGCAGAUUCUUUAUUGAAAUUAAGGAAUGAAAAAGCGGAGAAAUCAGAAGAAGCAGCAAGAAUGAUUAAUAAGGCUUUUACUAUUUGUAUUACAGAUAGAGAAGCAAUUGAAAUAUCUCGGAAAUGGGGAACAUAUUAUAUUAUUGGAAUUCUUUUUAAAAUUUAUUUUAAGAUCAAUAAAUUUUCACUCUCAAAGAAUAUUUUGAGAGCUAUUGAAGUAUCAGAAAUGCCUCCUCUUGAGUGUUUUCCUAAGUCUCAUGUGGUUACAUAUAAAUAUUAUCUUGGUGUAUCUGCAUUUUUAAAUGAGGAAUAUGCAGUGGCAGAAGCGGAACUAAUGGCAUCAUUAGAACUUUGUGAAAGAAAGUCAGCUAAAAAUUUAAAGUUGAUACUUACUUAUCUUAUUCCAACUCUUCUAUUGACCUCGCAGAAAAUGCCAUCUAAAGCCUUAUUAUCAAAGUUUUUAUACUUAAAAGAUUUUUAUGAACCUUUUAUAGAGUAUAUUCGUAAAGGCAAUUUAAAAGGAUAUGAUCAAUUACUGAUAGAAAGAGAAAAAGAACUUAUGAAUAAAAGAAUAUAUUUAGCCAUUGAAAGGAUUCGUGAUAUGUGUAUGAGGAAUCUUUUUCGUCGUGUAUUUAUUUUGAAUCAAAGAUCUACAAAAAUACCAGUUAAUCAAUUUCAUAUUGCUUUAAAAUAUACUGGAUUGGAUAUCGAAAUUGCAGAAACAGAAUGUUUUUUGGCUAAUAUGAUAUAUAAAGGAUUUAUAAAAGGUUAUAUACAUCAAGAACGGCAAAUGAUUAUUUUAUCUAUUAAAGACCCUUUCCCCAAAACAGUAAAAUUAUCUAACUUGUUAAUUUGA